CACUUGUUCAAUAUCAAGAAAAGAAGCAAACCAACCAAUCAAUGGCGAUUCGAGCUUUCCUUUUCGUGCUUUCGUGCUUGGCGGCCGCCACCUGUCGCGGUGCUACCUUCUCUUCUCUUCAGCAAACUCUUAUUGUCACUGCUUCACCUCAACCAGCUCAAGUCCUAAAAGCCGGCGAAGACGAAAUCACCGUGACAUGGUCACUCAACUCCACUUUCCCAGCCGGCGUCGAUUCUUCCUACAAAACGGUGACAAUCAAACUCUGCUAUGCACCAAUAAGUCAGAAAGAUCGAGGAUGGAGAAAAACGGUUGAUAAUUUAGUCAAGGACAAAACAUGCCAGCACAAGAUUGUUGCUAAUAAGCCGUACAUCUUUCCGUCUAACAACACUUUUACGUCGACAGUGCUGAGAGAUGUGCCGACGGCUACUUAUUUUAUAAGGGCCUAUGCGCAAAACUCGGAAGGUGAUGAGGUGGCGUAUGGCCAGACAACGGAUUCUCACAAGGCCGUUAACUUGUUCGAGAUUCAAGCGAUCACGGGGCGACAUGUGUCGCUUGAUAUUGCGUCGAUUUGCUUCUCUGCUUUCUCGAUUGUGUCUUUGUUCGGAUUCUUCUUCCUGGAAAAGAGGAAGUCCAAGGCAUCCGAAUCAAAGUGAUAUAUAGGUUAUUUUUUGUUUUUUUUUAUUUUUUUUUUAAAUGAAGGAACACGCUGUCAAUCAUAUAAGUUAUAUGCGCUAAGUAAUUAUCAAAGUUAAUUUAGGAAAAAUAUUUGGCUAUGUGACUCGGUCAUCGAUGUCAAAAAGUACCCCGUUAGUAUUAGGUCCCCUGUGUGAUGCAAACAGGUGGACUAUUAGUUUGUACUUACGUUAUGAAGUUAAGAGAACUACUCUUAUUUAUUAGGGCUAAUUAUAGUCAUCCCAGAGGUAAGGUUAAAUUACAAAACAACCCUUCUUAUUUGUAUAAUUACAAUUACCCCUGAA